AAUACACGUGCCAUUUGUGUCAAAAUUGACAAUACCAAAUGCCAGUUGUGUCAAAUUAAUUUUUGUACUUUGUUAAAUUGUUGUAAAUUUCGUAAUAAUGGUCCGCAGUGCCGUCGUUGAUGACCGCCUCUCUUCAUACUUUCACAACGUUGCCAAACAAAAUAAUUAUUCAAUAGGAUUAAUUCUAGGCCAGUCAGUCUCCGGCAAAGACUACGUGAUACACUUUGCCAAGACUCCCCCCGUGCAUCCCCAUGAGUCUAAAGACAAUCCCCCUCGUCUCAAGAGCAUAAACGACGUGAAUGAGGAAUGGGUGGCUGAUCAUGCUCGUCAGGCUACUCGCAUGCUCCCGGGGGGCAUGCAUGUGUUGGGAGUAUUUGUGGUGUCACCCGACGAUGUUUUGAGCCCAUUUUCACCCAAAAUAAAGUCUGUUUUGAACCGGGUGCACAAACAUCUAGAGUCGCAGAAAUAUCUCUUUGGGAAUCCACCAAAUAAUGAAAAGCUUGUCUUGCACUACUCCACGACGAGUCAGCAGUUCACGGGUAAGAGUUUCGAGGUGGGGAUUGGGAGUGUUAAGCCUGCGGAUUUUAAAUUCUUGACAAGUCCGAUUAAAUGGGCUCAAAUUCAGUGUAAAUAUCAAAUGGACCAGGUUUACCAUAUCGGCGAAAAUGAGAGUGAUUGGCCACUCAAAAAACACAUGGGGAUCAUUUUGGAUAGAAUGAGUAAAAAUUUGAAGUCGUCGGUUUUUUUGUUUGAUGGGGAAUUGAAAGAUGGUGAGGAAAGUAUUGAAAGUAUCGGUAAAAAGAAAAUUCCAAGGAGUAAUAAAUCGAGUGGCCAUGGGGAACAUUUGAAGCCCCUCCAAGUGUGUAUUUUACAACCCUGUGACGGCAGCGAUCAAAAUUCGUUCGAAAUCAGCGAAACUGGCAACCAAAUUCGAAUUUUCGGACAUGUAGUUACGAAAUUGUGGUUGAAUCCGAAAAUUUCGGUUGAGGCGGCUGCUGUUGCUGUUACACAAGACAUAAUGAGGAGUCUGUCAACUCGAUUAGAGAUGCAUUGGGAUUCGUUGACUGAAGAGGAACACGGAGAAGAUAUGAAUAGUGUCCAUGAACCUCCGCGUCGUGUUUUAAUCUCACUCCCCAAUAGUAAUAUCGCAAUUUCUGAUUACCUUUUCCCUGGAGAAGGCCCCCACGAUGCGAAAAUUUCGCUUGAAGAGAUGCUUGACAUUAAGAUCCAUGACGAGGCUGAUGUUAUGGAUGUGGAAGGGCAAGCUGAUUUGACUGAGUAUUAUAAUGAAGGAAUAGAAUCAGAAAGUGAAGAAGUGGUCACGAAAAAACCCGCUGAGAAUAAAUCCUUAUAUUACAUUGGUUUGGGAGUCGCCUUACUAAUAUUGAUUAUAUCCCUUGUGAUACAUUUUAUCCAACAAAAAUAAAGGGUAAAAUUGUUUGUUUUUAGCUGUUACGUGUUGCAUUUAUUUUUUUAAUUCAAUAAAAUUUUAAUACGUG